UUUGGUCAAACAAGUAGAUCAAAAUGAGUCUUUUAACAAUAAACACUUUUGUCAUUAUUGUAUUUUCUUUCGUAUGUGUAAAAGGCAUGCCUAAGACAUCUAAUGAAGAUAGCCUUGUUUUAGUCCAUACUAUUUUUCGCCAUGGCGAUCGUACUCCUGAUAGUCCAGGGUAUGCCAAUAACCCAAUAAACGAAAGCUUCUUUCCUGAGGGAUAUGGGCAACUCACUAAAGAAGGAAAAAGAACUGAAUAUAGGUUAGGUACUACUCUACGUAAGAGGUAUAACCACUUUUUAGGUCAAACAUGGAAUAUUAAUUAUUUAGAAGCACGAAGCACAAACUUUAACAGAACAAAAAUGUCUUUGCAACUUGUUUUGGCUGCACUUUAUCCCCCACGAGAUUAUCAGGUUUGGUUUAGAAACCUGGAUUGGCAGCCUAUUCCUUACAAUGUUUUCGAAAACGAUGAGGAAUUUUUGUUUUUCUUAUGUAAAAAGUAUACUACCGAGCUUGACAAAACCCAGAAUUCUAAUGAUAUUCGAGCAGCAAUCAGUAUCUACGAUGACGUUUUUAAGUACUUAUCUGAAAAAACUGGAGAAAGCUUCAGUAGUGCUUUUCAAGUGUUUUCUUUAUAUUUUAGUUUAUUGACUCAGAAAGAGUAUGGGUAUCCAUUGGAAGACUGGGUCAUACCAAUAUGGCCGGAUGUUUUUGUGAGAAUUGCUGUGGAUAAUUACUAUAUUCUUACCAAUACCACUUCAUUAAAACAAGGCAGUGGAGGUGCGCUCUUAAAAAAAAUAUUGAGAGACUCUAGAGCAAAAAUUAAAGGUACCAUUAGCCCAUCCGAUUUAAAAAUGUACUUAUACUCAGGCCAUGACUUAAAUAUUGCCACUAUGUUACUAACUCUUGGAGUAUUUGAUGAGAAAAUUCCUUCUUACGGAUCUCAUAUAUUAUUUGAGUUACAUCUUGUUAAUGGAGUGUAUGGCUUUAAGAUUUUUCAUCAGGAUUGGUCAACUGAAUAUCCAAGACUCUUGACUAUUCCUGGAUGUACUGCUUUUUGCCCUUUUGAUCAGUUUGAAGCUUUGGUUGCUGAUGUUAUCCCUCAAGACGGCUUUUGUUCAAGUUUAUAACUAAAAAAAGCUUAUUUUUGUGAAAAAUAUUUUAGCUGAUACAUCGAUAUUUCUAAUAUAUGUACAAGAGUUGAUAAUAAAAUUUAAAAAAAAAACGUUAAUAA